AUGCUCGGGUCGUUACCCGCUCUACUCGUCUUCUCUGCGACUGCGGCCACAGCUGUUUCCCUUGACUGCAAGAACGUCGUAGUGAAAGGUCAACAUUUUGAUCUCUCAGAGCUGGCCGGCCCUCGUGCUGUUCAUCUCCUCGAAGAGAACCCCCCGAGUCUCUCCAACACCACCUUCACCGUUGAUAUCUGUAAUCCUCUCAAGAGGACCAAAAACGUCCCCAAAGACAACGAAUGUCAAACUGGCACAUAUGUCUGCGGCAUCGAGUACGACUAUAAUCUCGCCGACAACUCCAGCACCAUCAGGCGAGUCAUCCCUAUCGCCGGCCAGUACGCCGGAUCUCACGGUAGAUUCCUGGAUCCCGAGUGGACCCGCCUGAAGAACUCUGCCUCACACGACGAUGCCAAUAAGGAAGGCUUGAGGGUCGAACUGCAUGGCGGAAAAUACCCCUUCGAGAAAUCUAGCGGUCGCCAGCAGAAGGCCAUUAUCGAGUUCCAAUGCGAUCGUAACAGGACUGGAUUGGAAGGCUCUGAGCAUGAUACGCGCGACAAGCUUGACGAGGAGCAACUGGCUGCACGACUAGCAACUCGCGCCGAGCCUGAUGAUAAGAAGGACGACAAGGAAGAACCUGUCGAAGAUGCCAGCCUGAAGCUUAUUAGCUACCGACCAGAGGGCCAGGGUGAUGCCGAGUUCGAUGUCUUGCGUCUGGAAUGGAAGACAAAAUACGCUUGUGAAGGCAUGACCGAACACAAGCCAUCCUCUGGCAACAACUCGAGCAGCCACUGGGGCUUCUUCACUUGGUUCCUUAUCAUUGCCUUCUUGGGAGCAGCAGCAUAUCUAAUCUUCGGCACAUGGCUCAACAGCAGCAAGUACGGCUCGCAGGGCUUCGACUCAGUACCGCACGCCGACUUCUGGCGCGAUUUACCGUACACCGUCAAGGAUUGGGGUCGCUCGAUUGUUGGUAUGAUCCAAGGACGCAGCAGCAGUCGUGGUGGAUACAGUGCGGUUUGA